AUGUUAAGCUCAGUAAAAUCAUUUCUUUGGAAGAGCGAUAUGAAUUACGAUGAAAGACAAGAUUAUAAUGCAACGAUUGCUUUGGUCAACGAAAGAACAGGAGGAACUACACAAAAUUCUGUUGUACUUUCAGGGUCACCUGACUCUAAUCAAAACAAUUCUUCUACUGGUUAUAACGUUGUGUUAAGUAACAUAACAACAUCGAUUGCAGUAGGAUCAACUUUCCUAAAUUGGGAACAAGUUGAUGAAGUUUUAGAGCUAUAUGGGCGUGAAAAAGGGUUUGUUGUUAGAAAGAAGAGAGUGGAAAGAGAUGACAUGGGAAUGGUUCGUAAACGUACUUAUGAUUGCGAACAUGGUGGUCGUUAUACACCAAAGAAAAAAGCAGCAAUACACGAACAAAGAAAUCGAACAUCUAAACGCAUUGAAUGUGGAUGGCAUAUCAAUCUUUCAUUUCCUAAAACAAGUUCACAUAUCACAGCUGCAUCACCUAAAAAUCGUAAUUUGCCCAAAGCUGUACUUGAAGAUAUUGAAUUUUACACUAUUCACGGCAAUCUAGGCGUGACAACACAACGACAACUAUUAAAAGCCAAGUACCCUAAUCAUCAAUUACCUGCACGAGAUAUUUCAAAUGCUGUACAAAAAUUUAAAGGUGUAAUAGAUUUAAAAAGUUUGGAUAAUGAUGCACCAAAACUUUGGAUUUGGGAAUUAGCUAGGAAAGCUACACAAAUUGCACUUGAUCAUCAAGAUAAUACACUGGAAGAGCUUUUGAAAAGUUAUAUUAGAGAAAAAGAAGAUCUGGUGUUAUUAAUAUGGGUAGUAUUAGUAAUAUCAGUAGUGUUGGCAAUGUAA